UCACAGCAACUCAAAGAUUUUCAGGCACCAUUCACCGGCUGUAUUUGGGGGUAGAACCCUGCUGAGCAGAACCAAACUGAGGGACGACCCUUAAUUUGGCGAUAUUUACUCUAAACAUUGCACGGAGUAGAAACCCCGUACUUACCUCAUCAAGCGCUUCAGUGUGUGAACUAGAGAGAUUUGCGCAGGUCCGGACUGAGGAUAUUUACUUGUUACUUCGGUGAAUAACGUUGCUGAUCUCUCUGCAAACAGCUGCAGAGAGACUGGAUAGUUUGGAGGAGGUGGUGGAACUUGGCCUCAGCUGGGAAUAAAGGAGCACUUUUACUGAGAAGAGAGUUGAACUUAGUGUCAGGUUUUACAAAUCGUAAUGGAAGUUAUCAAUCGAUCUGGAAUGGCAGGAAAAUGGCACUGAGAUUCCACAGGUUAUAUCCAGAAGGAUGUAUUUAUAACCUGAGCGUCUGGGAGGUCAAGAGGUAACAUACCUCUGUAAAACACCACUGGAAACAAAUGCUCUUAAUGCCAUGCCUCCUGGGACAGUGUUAAUGGUCCAAGCACUGCGGAGUCUCCUGCUUGUUGUCAUCGGCUGGUCCUUCAUUUCAUCAUCCAUAGGUGUUGCACAAGGGACAAAGUCUUCCCACUCUGACCUUUAUCCAACUUUUAUAUGGAACAACACAAUAUUUGAACACCUCGCCCUCCAUCCUGACCCCAGUGUAGGUUGGGUCUAUAUUGGGGCCCAAGAUCAGCUGUUCCAGUUAAAUCCAUUACUCCAACUUAGGCUCCGGGAUGACACUGGACCAGUCACAGACAGCCCGGAGUGCUUGCCCCCUGUGACAGAGACCAACUGCCCUCAAGCAAGGGAAACCAGCAACCACAACAAGCUCCUGCUGGUUGAUCCUUACUCUAUGGUACUUAUUACCUGUGGGAGUGUCAAUCAAGGAAUCUGCCAGAAGCGUGACCUGACAUCAAUUAAUGUAGUGCUGUUUUCCACAGAGAGUUCAGUGGAAACUCAGUAUGUUGCGGCUAACCACCCCAAUGUUAGCACUGUUGGGCUUGUGGUUCGCUCUCACCCUGAAAGGCAGCAAGUGCUGUUUGUGGGGCGAGGUUAUACCAGCAACCAUCCACCUAUUUCCACACGAAACCUAGCCCAGGAGCCCAUCUUUUCCUAUGAGGAAACUGCGAAACUGGCUGUUGCUGGCCGUCUCUCAGAAUAUGACCAUCACUUUGUGGCCUCAUUUGCCCACCGGCACCAUGUGUACUUCUUUUUUUACAGGCGGGACCUGAAGUCACAGUCGCGAGAGUACCGCACAUACAUCUCACGUGUAUGUUUGGAUGACCAGGCAUAUUACUCGUAUGUUGAAGUGCCGCUGAUGUGUCGCUCCAGGGCAGGUAAAAUUUACAACCUCCUGCAAGCUGUCCAGCUGGGGUUUUCCAAGGAUGGUGUUGAGAGUCAAGAUUCAGAGAUCCUUCUUGGAGUCUUCUCCACUCAUUUGAGCUCAUCAUCUCGGCCAAGUGAGGAGUCUGCUCUGUGCAUAUUUAACCUUGAAGAUGUGGAUCGCAGGAUUAACUCCACUAGAGACCUGUGCUAUACACAAAUGGGUAGAGAAGCAGGAGCAGAGGCAGCCUACAUCGAAUAUGAAGUCAAGUCCAACUGUGCCAACCUUCCAGAGAACACCCUGGACGCCUACCCUUGUGGAUCUGACCACACUCCCAGCCCCAUGGCCAGCCGGAUCCCGGUGCUAGUGGAGACCAUACUGGACAGCCCAUCUGCCCGGCUGACUGCUGUGGCUGUGAGCAUGAGGGCAGGACAUAUUAUUGCUUUCCUUGGAGACUCCAAGGGGAAACUCCACAAGGUUUUCCUGGGGCCAAAUGGGGAGGUGGAGGAAUAUUCUGUGAUCUCCAUACAGAAGGACAUACCCAUCAGCUCAGACCUCAUUCUGGACCAGAAGGAAGAGCAUCUGUUCAUCAUGACCCAUAACAUGCUACAGAAGAGGCCAGUGGCUGAAUGCCAGCAGCACCCAGACUGCCACUCCUGUCUGCUGGCCCAUGAUCCAUACUGUGGCUGGUGUGUCCUGGAGGGAAGGUGUGUGCUGAAAUCCCAGUGCAGUCGUGGAAGCCAACCAGGCCAGUGGCUGUGGAGCUUCGACAUUGAGCAGCAGUGUUUGAGUGUUCAGCAACUGAACCCCUUUAACAUCAGCAGGGAGGAGAGCAGAAUGGUGGCCCUGUCUAUUCCAGGACUUCCAAUGUUGGAAAAAGGCGAGUCUUACUCCUGCUUCUUCCAGGACAGCCACAGUUCUGCCACCAUCACUGAAACUGGAGUCACAUGCCAAUCUCCAGACUCCAGUAGAAUACCUAUGGUGACUCCUGGACAGGAUUUUGUCACUCUCACCUUGUCUGUUCGAUUCGGGGACGUCAUGGUGACAGCAAGGGAUUUCACCUUUUAUGACUGUAUGGCAGUUAAGCAGCAAUCUGGGAGCAUUCCCUGCCGUGGUUGUGUGCUGAGCAAAUGGGGCUGUAACUGGUGCGUUCACCAGCACUCUUGUACCCACAAGCCCAUGUGUGAGGAAGGCGUGAUCAUCUACAACCAACAUUUUAAACUCCCCACAUCUUCUCCUCCCACCACCAAAACUAGAAAAGUCAUCUCAACCUCUGCUACCACAGCGGCUGCGGCAACAACACUCACCAUGACAACAGCCACAACUCUUUUCACUACAACUUCAUCAUCUACUGCCACUACUACAAGCCUUGUUCCCGUCACUACGGUAACAAGUCGGGAGCUAACUACCUCAGGCCCACACAGCACAGCUGCCAGGCCUGAAGCAGACACCUGCCACCUUACAAUGCCCCCUCAGCCUUCCAGCACAGCUCUGCCCCCAGACCUUUCUAGCAAUAGCCAAAGUUACACUGCAGCGGUUGAGCUCGUCAUUGUCACUCAAAGUAAGUCUGAAGAACCUACAGUCAUGCCAAAUGUGGCUGUGGCAGCAGCAGAGUUGCUGCCCAUCACUGGGUCUGAUGGUCUUAGUGGAGAUCAGGAGCCUGUGAUGCCUCUGAUCAUCUCAGAUUCCUCCACCCUGAAAGUGGUGACAAUGUCGCCCUCUAGGGACACCCAGGAAGCUGAGGAUACUCUGAACAUGGCAGAGCCUCCCACACUGGCUUCACCUGAUGCUCCUGUGCCCACAUCUGUCUCUGUCAGGGAACCAGCUGUCACUGAGCCUUCUGUUAACCUGGACGUGACCCAUAUUCCCACUCUAAGCAAAGCAGGAGCCCCAGGAACUGACCCUGACCUGACCAUGAAGUCAAAACAAGUAGACAAGCUGCCUGAGGAUGCUGCACUGGCAGAAGAGGACACAACAACACUUUCAGCUCCUACAGUUCUCUCAGGUGAUGGGGAAGACCAUGACACCCCAUCAUACGCACACCUGAGGGAAACAGACUCAGAUCCUGAACUGGUUUCCCAGUAUGAUUCUGCUGAUGCCUUCCUACCGGGUGAUGAGGGUCCCUACAUCAGCUGGGGCUCCUCGGCAUGUCCCUGUGUGGAGAAGGUCCAAGGAUCCUCUGUGCUGCCUGUCCAAGUCGAGAGGAAGAUCACAUUACUGGCACGCAACCUCCACCUCUAUCAGGAGGCAGAGCUGGACUAUGAGUGUGUGCUGGUUAUUGAGGGCCAGACUGUGGUGGUGGAUGCCUUUGUGGAACCUGAUGACAUGAAUCCGUCAAACUUUUACAUCACCUGUCAGCUACACAAGUACACGUACUUGGCUCCAAUGGAAGAAUACAGCGCCAUGGUGUAUGUGAAGAGGAGGAACACGUUUCAUGUGGACAGUUCUCCUAAUCUCUAUGUCACCCUGUACAACUGCUCUGUGGGGCGAUCGGACUGCAGUCGUUGCCACACAGCCGACCAGAAGUAUGGCUGUGUGUGGUGUGGUGGUUCCAUUGCCAAAUGCUUGUAUUCAGACUCCUGCAGUGAACAAGUCCAACAAACAUGCCCUGCUCCUGUCAUUCACUCAAUUGAGCCACUCUCUGGUCUGUUGGAGGGAGGCACCUUGGUGACUAUUUCAGGGUCCAAUCUGGGCCAAAAGGCUGAAGACAUCCUCCACUCUGUGACAGUAGCUGGGGUGCCCUGUGUUGUCAUCCCGGAAUUGUAUGAGGUCUCUUCCAGGAUUGUCUGCAGGACCAAAAGCAGCAGUGGUGAGAAGGAGGGCCUGGUUUCUGUGAAGGUCAGUGGAGGAGACCUUCGCAGUUCCAGUCAGACUUUCAGCUACCAGGACCCGUUUGUUAUGGCCGUCUCACCUGAAAGAGGUCCAAAGGCAGGAGGAACAACUCUGACGAUCAGCGGCCGAAAGCUGCUGACAGGCCUUCCCUCUGACCUCACCAUCACAGUGGGAAGGGUCCCCUGUAAAAUUGUAUCAGAGGUGCAGAGCUCCAGUGUUCAAUGUGUAACAGGCAGCAGUGGUGAAGCAGGAAGUUACCAGGUUACAUUGCAUUAUGGCAGCACCCUACGUCACCUCCACACUCCUUUCUACAGCUACACCCACAACCCAAACAUCACCAAUGCCUGGCCAGCUAAGAGCUUCUUGGAUGGUGGCCGACGGAUCACUGUAUCUGGCCACAACCUGGAUGUGGUGCAGAAGCCCCAGAUGUUGGUGAAUGUCUUCCAGCACAAGUCCCUCAGCGAGAACAGGAGGAAGAAAAGAAGAAGAACAGCAGAGCAGGGGGAAGAUGGGGAGUGGACAGACAGGAAGCAGACCAGGAAGCUUCCUGACCCUGUUUGUUGUAAGGAGCCAUUUUGCCCUGCCACACAGUUCCUAGAGCUCUGUGAGGUGAACAACUCAUCUCUGAUACUGUGCCGCUCUCCUAUGGUGAACUCCUCCAUCUUGGAUUCAAAGAUCACUGUACAUUUUCUGCUCGACAGUCUGUGCUUUGACUUCAGCAGUUUGAGUUCUCAGGCCUUCAGCUACGAACCCAACCCAGUCCUGAAGCCUCUGGACCCUGUGAAGGCAUACCGCUACAACCCUGGCAGCUUCAUCCAGUUAGAGGGGGACAACCUGGACUUGGCCAUCACCAAAGAAGAAGUAGUCGUGCUGAUAGGGGAGGGGGUGUGUGCUGUCAAGACCCUGACUAAAAACCAUCUGUACUGUGAGCCACCACCUCAGCAGCCCAACUGCAGGAAAUGUGAGGGCUCUGACAAUCUACCAGAAUUCACUGUCCAAAUGGGCCACCUGAACUUCUCUCUCGGCAAGGUUCAGUAUGACAACCUCAGCUCGCCCACCUUUCCACUGGAGGCCCAAAUUGGAGUUGGUAUUGGAGCAUCUAUAGUUGCCCUUAUUGUCUUCAUUAUUGUGCUCAUCUACAGGAGAAAGAGCAAGCAGGCUCUCAGGGAUUACAAGAAGGUCCAGAUCCAAUUGGAGAACCUGGAGACCAGCGUGAGGGAUCGAUGCAAGAAGGAGUUUACAGACCUGAUGACAGAGAUGAUGGACAUGUCCAGUGACCUGGUGGGCCCAGGCAUCCCCUUCCUCGACUACAGGAUGUAUGCAGAGCGCAUUUUCUUUCCAGGCCACCGUGAGUCUCCACUAAGGCGUGGCCUGGACAUGCAGGAGUGUCGGCGGCAGACGGUGGAACAGGGUCUGGUUCAGUUGUCCAACCUCCUGAACAGUAAACUCUUCCUCACCAAGUUCAUUCAUACUCUGGAGAGCCAGCGGACAUUCUCUCCAAGAGACAGAGCCUACGUGGCCUCCCUGCUGACAGUGGCUCUUCAUGGCAAGCUGGAGUAUUUCACAGACAUCCUCAAGACUCUGCUGAAUGAUCUAGUUGAGCAGUAUGUGGCCAAGAAUCCCAAACUCAUGCUGCGAAGAACAGAGACCGUGGUGGAGAAGCUGCUGACAAACUGGAUGUCCAUUUGUCUCUACACUUUUCUCAGGGACUCUGCCGGCGAGUCUCUGUACAUUCUGUUCAAGGCUAUAAAACACCAGGUAGAUAAAGGACCAGUGGAUGCUGUGACACGCAAGGCCAAGCACACUCUGAAUGAUAACCGUCUGCUGCGAGAGGACGUGGAGUACAAGACACUGACGCUGAAUGUGUUGGUGCAGGGUGGAGGAGUGAACGAGUCCCAACCCUUGCCCUCCAAAGUGCUGGACUGUGAUACCAUCACUCAAGUGAAAGAAAAGCUCCUUGAUCAGGUGUACAAGAGCACCUCCUUCUCUCAUCGGCCCCACGCCGACUCACUGGACCUGGAGUGGAGGUCUGGUGUUGCUGGCCAUCUCAUCUUGUCAGAUGAGGACUUGACUUCUGUGGUGCAGGGCAGCUGGAAACGCCUCAACACACUGCAGCAUUACAAGGUCCCUGAUGGUGCAACAGUAGCACUGGUGCCGCGACACACCAAAAACAUUCACCAUGACAACCAUGAUUAUAUCGCUGGAGAGAAGACACCGAUGCUGGAGGAUGCCGAUGAGGGCGGCAUGAAGCUGUGGCAUCUGGUAAAGGCCAGCGAGGAGCCUGACCUUCCUAAACACCGCAGAGGAAGCUUGAGGGAGAGGGAGAGGGCCAAGGCUAUCCCUGAGAUCUACCUCACCCGCCUGCUCUCCAUGAAGGGGACAUUGCAGAAGUUUGUGGACGAUCUGUUCACUGUGAUCCUCAGCACCAGCCGUCCAGUUCCACUAGCUGUCAAAUAUUUCUUUGAUCUGCUAGACGACCAGGCAGGACAACACAAUAUCACCGACCCGGAGACCAUCCACAUUUGGAAGACCAACAGCCUCCCCCUGCGAUUCUGGAUCAACAUCAUUAAAAACCCUCAGUUCAUCUUUGACGUCCAGGUGUCGGACCACGUGGACGCCGUUCUCUCGGUUAUUGCUCAGACCUUCAUGGACUCCUGCACCAUUGCUGACCACAAACUAGGGCGGGAUUCUCCCAUCAACAAGCUGCUGUAUGCUAGAGACAUUCCCCGCUACAAGCAGAUGGUUGAAAGGUACUAUGCCGACAUCAGGCAGACUAUAUCAGCCAGUGACCAGGAAAUGAACUCAGCCCUGGCUGAGAUGUCUAGGAACUACUCUGGAGAGCUCAACUACCUGGUUGCACUGCAUGAGCUCUACAAAUAUAUCAACAAGUACUAUGACCAGAUCAUUACAGCUCUGGAGGAGGACACGACAGCCCAGAAGAUGCAGCUGGGAUACCGACUGCAGCAAAUUGCGGCCGCUGUGGAAAACAAAGUAACUGACUUGUGACAGAGGAGAAUGCUUCUCCUGUAAUGAUGUUGGUUUUCUCUGCAUCGUCUUCACUCCGGGUUCUUUGAUAGCAUGAUGUAGACAGUCUGAGACCCUGAGUCUUGUGUAUAAACAGGACAAAAGAUGGAAGAAACCUGGACAAAUAAAAGCAGGAAUGAUCUGCUGUAACUGGAACAUCUGAAAGAACAGAAGUUUUAUUUUUUUUUUCUUUCUGCUGAGGUCAAGCCUUACAAAAGAGAACUGGAGCUGAUCUAAAAACUGAUUUCAUAGGGACUGUUGUUACUUUCUCUUCUCCAUAGUCAGUUUAAUGAAACGCCACCUCUUAGCCUUUGUGUGCGUGUUGCUGAUGUAUGUUUGAGUCACAAAGAAACGUGUGCGUGUGUGGCCAUAUGUCUCUGUUUGUAAACUGACUCAUUUCUAAUUUUAUCUUACCAAGUACAGGAAGCAACACAUUGGAUCUCAGAACAACCAGUACUUCAUUUUGAAUACAAGAAAACUGACCUUAAGUUCUAUUUUAUUUCUAGAAUUGAAAAAGACCCAAAAUAAGGAAAUAUCAGAACAGAAUAAGUUUCCACUGCUCUACCUCAGCCCACUGUGCUGUAUCAGUGAUAUUCUAACAGGCUGAAAACAGCUUUAUACUUUUCAGCUACUUCCAUCUAUUAGUACAGCAGCACAGCCUAGACGUGCCCUCAGAUACAGCUUCAAAUACACACAAAUUUCUGGUUCUGUUUUUUUUUGUAGAAGCAUUUAAGAUGAAACCCAGAUGUCUUUUGGGUUCUUUUUUUUUACAUCUCUCGGUGUUCUUUUUUAGAGUUUACCUAUUGUUUUAAAUUUUAGUUCACUUUGUUUGACUGAAUUGUCUUUAGCUGAAGCCGUGGUACUCUAUGAAUCAUGUCUGUGUGCAUUUCCUGUAUUAAACCAAGAGUAGCACUUUUUCAUACCGACAUUUUAUAUUUUCAAAGAUUCUCAGUUCAGCAGGAUGUCAGAUUUGCUUUACUCAGAGUUUGAUGGUUUUCUUAGUCAAGGGCUGAAAUGGCAGCUGCUGUAUAGACUAUUCUUAUAUUUAUUUAAAAAGAUGCCAACUUCACUGCUAAUUUUAUCAUAACUGACUGAAAAAAGCCCACUUUUUAAUGACUGAUAUAUUUCAAAAGAAACCAAAAGCAAAUAGAAUGAAUAUUUACUUCAGCUGCCUUGUUCGUGUCAAGUUGGUCAGUUGCUGUGUACCCUGACCGAUCACGUCAGAAUGCAGCCUGUAGGUCUGUAGUGACAUUCCCAGAAACUUUGUUGUUCACUGUUCAGAUGGAGUGAAGCUCAUCGGUACCAAUCGGAUGGAGAACUAACUAUUAGACUAUACACAUUUGGUGAUGUAGAGCAGGCUCUGCAAGGAGCAGUUUAAUGUUUCACCUUUUCUGUUGCUGUUGUUGUACAUACUGAUUUAAAUGUAACCAUAGGGAUGUAAUCUGUUUAUUAAAAUAAAAUGCAAAUGUUCACAGAUGUAAUAAAGUAUUCCAAAUAUAA